AUGACACAAACAGAGAACACUACAACCCGGUGUCCGGCGUUUUCGGAGCUGCCGCUUCGAAAGGGGGAUCCCUCCUAUUCAGCAUGGGGCCACUGGGGGCCUGACGACCAGCUCGGUACCCUGAACCUGAUCACGCCUUCUGUCGUCAAGAACGCUGGCUUGGAGAUCAAGGAGGGUCUACGCUUCAGUCUCAACUGGCCACUUAGUGAACCCAAGACGCCAGGCUUUCGAAGGCAUGAGUUCGCAUACGAACAUUCGAUCGUAGGGCCUGGUAACGUACUUGAUGAUACUCUCAACUUCAACACGCAAAAGAGCACACAAUGGGACGGCCUGCGACACUUCGCCUACCAAAAGGAGGGUCUAUUCUACAAUGGCAUCACCAAGGAUGACAUGCUCAAGAGUCAGGAAGGAUCCCUGGGAAUCCACAACUGGCACACAAAGGGAGGUAUCACCACUCGUGGUUUCUUGAUUGACUACUGGGCCUAUGCAGAGGAGCUUGGUCAGAGAUAUGACCCGUCGACUCCGCAUGCCAUAAAGUACGAUGACAUAGUCGCUUGUCUCGAAUGGCAGCGCGGACAGUCGCCAAGCGGCCUGGAGCCACAACCCGGCGACAUUCUGAUUAUCCGCAGCGGCUUUACAGCGCGGUACGUCAACCUGAGUGCAGAGGAGGAGAAGAACGUGGGCGAGGCGUGGCCUCCAGCCUCUUGUGGUCUGCAGCAGGACCGCCGUCUGCUACAGUGGCUGUGGGACAGCAAGUUCGCCGGUGUCGGAGGAGACGCCCCUGGGUGGGAAGCGUUCCCAGUGGCGGAGGAGGCAGGGUUCAUGUUCCACGAAGUCCUGAUUUCCGGCUGGGGCUGCCCGAUUGCCGAGUUGCUUUAUCUGGAGGACCUGGCCGCUUGGUGCCGUGAGAACAAACGCUGGACAUUCUUCCUGUCGUCGUGCCCCCUCAACGUGUAUGGAGGAGUGGCGAGUCCGGCCAACAUGAUUGCUCUAGUGUAG